AUGCUUCCGACCGCUUUCCAAGACGGCCGGCCAGGCCUAAGCCUGGCCGCCGCAGCAAGAAACCACCGGCCGCGGACGAGACGAUCAUGUGACUUCUGCCGGUCUCGCAAGAGUGCGUGCAGGCUGGAUCAAGGGCUCAGGCCUCCAUGCUAUGCCUGUCGACUGUACGGCCGCGACUGCGUGAUCAGCGAGAGACCUCGGCGAAAGAGGCCCAAGUCCGGUGAAGAGGCUACGGCAGGCCCCGACACCCAGGCCACGCUCGCCAUGCUCACGGCCGCCAACGACUCUGAUCUUGCCUUGUCCUCCCCGCAGCAUAAUGGUGGCGGCGGCGUCGGUUCCCAACAGCCAUCCCCAGCCGAGGUCACAGGCUCAGUAACGUCGCAAAUGUCUGGCGAGGGCGGCGGCGGCCUCCUCCAUCCGCAGCGAGCACCUGCAGGAGCCGCGGCAGGACGAGACCGAAACCGAGACCGGGAUCGAGAUGAGCCUAUGCCGACGGAAUCUCUGGAUGCGUGGCCUACAAAGACGGCCUUCCUCCUGGGCGACACAGGCGAGUCGGAUCCGUACCUCCUCCGGCAUUUCUCCUCGGACUAUCUCCAUUCCACCUACAACAUCGGGAACCGGUCUGCGAGGCACAUGCUGCGAGCCUCCGAUUCAGAUGUCCUGCAUAGUGCGGCCAAGCCGUUGAUCAUGGAUAUCGCCGACCAUUCGCUGUACGACCGCGGAGAGCCGAGACUGGACCAGCGCGCGCUCGACGAGGCGGCAGAGGAGGUGGCGCAGAUGGUGUCGGACGAGACUGGCGUGAGGCUGGUGAAGCUGUUCUUCCGCUACAUCUAUCCCUAUUUCCCCAUCCUGUCCAAAACACGCCUUCUCUAUCCGUUGGCCGAGCUCCCGUCCAAGAUCAAGCCCCUCUCCCUGUCCUUGAAGGCCGCCAUCUAUGCGUCGGCCUUGGCCUUUUUCACCUACGAUGAUGUGCUGGCCACCACCAUUGUGCACUGUCCGCCGUCCAGUCAACGCCUGUACCGCAUCGCCUGGUUGGCCGUCACGCAUGAGGUGCAUACUCCACAUCUUUCCACCCUGCAGGCCUGUCUGCUCCUUCUCCAGAGGGUCAACGACGAUCGCUAUGUCAUGGACACCGUCUUUCGCUGGAGCCUCCUAGGCUGGACCGUCGCCCUCGCCCAGACGUUCGGCUUGUCGACGGAUUGCCUGGACUGGAUAGGCAUCCCGGAUUGGGAGAGGCGUCUCCGUCGCCGACUCUGGUGGGCCGUCUUCGUCAUGGACAAAUGGGCCUUCAUGUCCGCCGGCCUGAACAGUCACAUCCACGAUGAUGACUAUGACGUGACCCCUCUGACCAGACUGGAUUUUGUCUGUGGCGCUGAUUCCGACGCCGACUCCGCCGAGCAGCAAACCGUCGAUGAUGGCGGCGCCGACCCCGCGUCAUCAUCCCACUUCUACCAUUUGACGCGGCUGACCGCCAUCAUCAGUGAAAUCCAAGCUGCCUUCUUCACCAUUGCAGCUUCGAAACGCACCCAACGAGACCUCGCGCUCUCCAUCGAAUUGGCCAAGCCCUUCCGCCACCAUCUCAAAGAAUGGAAAGUCUCGUACGAUCAGUUCCUGGCCGCACAGCCCACCACGAGGAGCCGCCCUCUCCCCCCACGCUCCGGUCUGGACGGCAAUGCCUCGUUGGGCCUCUGCUACCGCGUUGCAAACAUUGUUCUCUUCCGCGCGCUUCUGCGUCCCGUCGAAUCAGACCUUCCUCGCACGACGAAUGGUGACGGCCUCGCGCCCGCAGGCCACGACGCAGUGCGCAUCGGAGCCCGGGCGUGUUGCGUCGAGGCCGUGGAAUUCGUCGAGCUGCUUCAACGGAACGUCUGGGAUGCCUUUUGGCACUCGUGGUCGCGAGCUGGCUUUGCCAUGAUCUCGUCCAUGAUGAUCCGAUUGUUGAUCACCAGUGAGGCCAGUGCAGAGGUCGACGAGAUCAACGCCCUGAUCCGACGCUGGAGGUGGGCUUUGAGAACCGGCGGAGGAAGUGCGGGAAAUGUUCUCAUGAGCCUGGCUUUGCUGCGGCUCGAUCGCUCGCUGGUGACGCGAGGCAUCCAUGAGAGUGAUGAGGACUGA